CGGGGACACUGCCGCAUGAGCAGGGCGAGGUUAGUCUCUGAACCGGCGGAGAAACUCAUUUAUUUUCUGUCCUCGAAACGAGAGAGCCGAGCGGGGAGCCACGAAAACAAGUCGGACAUGAACGGGGAGAUUGUAUGCAACAGCCAUCCAGUCACUGUCUUAAGCUGCACCAAGUCGAUAUCACCAGUUCACGAUGAAAUCAAGCUGACACAGGAGGGACGGUGCUCGCCAAUAUGCUUCCAGCAGAAUGAUGCUCAGAGGCAGGGAGAGGGCAGGAGAACAAACGCCAUCAGCAUGACACCAAAAGACUCAAAGACUGGUUUCCCAGAGAUGGAGAGCAGCUACAGCCAGUGUUCACCCUGCUGGUCAGAUGAACAGCCGUCGCCUCCGCAGCUCCACUGCACUCAGACCUGCCUUCGUUCCUCCACCGAGCUCCCCCUGCUGCUGGGUAACAGCUUGGCACACACUCCCCUCCACGCCAGCAACAACGGCGGCGCUCUCCACAGCAUCCAGAGGAGAGGAGUGCGCCUCAAGGUCAAAGGAAAGAAGUCCACACGAAGAAUUGCAGGCGGGAAAAACUCUCAGAACCGGAAAGUUACUGACUACUAUCCGAUAAGACGGAGCUCGAGAAAAAGUAAAACAGAGCUGAAGUGUGAAGAAAAGAAGCUCAUUGAUGAUCUCAUCACAAAUGGAAUAGAAGAAGGAAUGGAGGUGCAGCACAUAGAAGGAAAGGGGAGAGCGGUGUUCGCCACUCGGUGUUUCCAGAAAGGCGAGUACGUGGUGGAGUACCACGGAGACCUGCUGCAGAUCACCGAUGCCAAGAAGAGGGAGGCAGAAUACGCUCAAAACCCUGCCACUGGCUGCUACAUGUACUACUUCCAGUUCCUCUGCAAAACUUACUGCGUGGAUGCCACAAAAGAGACUGGUCGAAUGGGUAGGUUGAUAAAUCACAGUAAAAACGGAAACUGCCAAACCAAACUCCACGACAUCAACGGGGUCCCUCACCUCAUCCUCGUCGCCUCUCGAGACAUCGACGAGGGCGAGGAGUUGCUCUACGACUACGGGGACCGCAGCAAAGCCUCCAUCGCAGCUCACCCGUGGCUCAAAUAUUGAUCCUCGGGGUGGAGAAACAAAAAAGAAAGAAGAAAAGGGAAACGUACAGUAACACUUGUGUUUCUCAUUAGCUAGUGUACAAAUUGCCUUAGAAACAGAAUGUGUACCCUUUUGUUCCGAUACUGAGGAAGUGGGAGGGGGUUAGGUGUUCAGGGGUGGGCGGGGUUUACGGGGUACUUAUCACAUUUCGAUUACCGUCUAUCUGCCUUGUCAGAAGACACCUGUACUUUUAUUUAUGUGUAUAUGAAACAUUCUGGUUGUUUUGCAGCACAUUUCUUUUGUACAUUUUGUAUUACCUAUAGACCAAUGCUUCAACAGCAUGCAGGUGGUAGUUAAUGCUCUGCAUUUUUAUACUGCGUUUUUCUUAAUUAGUCCUUAGAUACUUAGCAAUACUUCUACUUACGAGGCCCCGGAGCCCUUUUUUUGAAUCAGCGAGAGCUAUGAGAUGCAAAUGACAGAUUAUAUUCUGUUCAAGUAGAAUUUGAUUUCAGCCAUUAGCACUCACACAGUCUGCUGUCGUUUAGUGGAGGUGUAAUCGUUUACCAAACUCAUGGUUCUGUUGGCGUUUUUGGGUCUUAAUUACAAGAGAACAUGACUUAACACUGGAUCAAAGUAUUAGUGUUGAACAUAGAGACUUAAAGAUAACAUAAGAAUACAGAAAUUAGUCACAUUAAUAAUUUCCCUCUGUUUUCAUGCUUUUUUUAAACCUUAAUGUGUUUUUUAAUAUUUAAUACAUUUGGAUUAUCAUGCAGAAGUUUUUCUGCUCACAGUAUAUCCUGUCCUGGCUGUUUCAAUACACAAUGUAUAUUAAAGUUUAUAACAUAAAUAGUAAUAUAAAUAGACUCAAGAAUUAAAGGAGUUUCAGUUUCUCCAUAACCUCGACUGGCUCACAUGAUUAUCUAGUUUCUCUUUUAUUUUCACUUCAGUAUAGAUUCUUCACUGUCUGUAUCACUGCACUGUGUAAAUAUAUUUAUUGGCUUGCUGUUGCAAAUCAAAGGGUGGUUUAAAGGAAUAGUUCGACAUUUUGGGAAACUUUUUCACUUUUCUCGCAAGACAAGAAGAUUGACAUCAAAGCUAUGAGAGCUGUGAACCGGCAAAUUGUCUUAAAAGAAGCCGAAAUUUUAACUUCCAUUUGGCUUUUUUUCACUUCACUUUAAUUUCACUGUGACAUACUUAUAUUGGGAAAGCGCUGAGCCCAUUAACCCUUUCAGUCCAGCACCUUUGGAACCAGCAGUAACCCUUCAGACAUGGUACCUAGACCCUCGGUGUGUUCAGACAGUCCUCUUAAAUGUGGG